AUGUUUCAGUGUAAGCGCUGCAGGUACAGAACACACAGCGUCUUCGACAUGCUUCUGUUUCUUUUCAUCACUGGAAUUGUCCUUAUUCCACAAGCUUUUUCACUCAAAUGUAAAGAGUGCAGCGUAUCUGGGGGCACGUGUGAUGGCUCGGAGAUCCAGUGUCCGGCUGAGUCCACUGAUUGUGUGGUCAUGAAGAUCUUUAACUACAAGGGAAACACACUGGAGUCUGACAGCCUGAUAAAGGCCUGCUCCAAGCCUGACCACUGCAAGGAAGCAGCCUUCAACUUUGGGAUCCUGAGGACAUUUGCAACAAGCAGCUGCUGCCGCACAGACAACUGCAACACAAUGCAGCCGCCACAGGCGGACCUGAAACCCAACCCCAACGGGAAGAAGUGUUUCCGCUGCGAUGGGAAGGGGGACUGUACCGGGACACUGAACUGUGACAACCAGCAGACCUACUGCGCCACUGGCAAAAUCGGAGAUGAAAUUGUCAAAGGCUGUGCCACCAAGAGCUUGUGUGUGGAUCCUUCUCCGCUGCUGUUGUCCAAAAUAAGGCCUCUGGAUUGCUGUGAGGGAGACUUCUGCAACGGGAGCACAAGCAUCAGCACCAAUCUCCUGCUGAUCUCCACCAUGUUUGUCACAGCAGCUGCAGCAGUAGUGAGACAACACAAAGUUCUUCAGAGGGAGUGGUUUCAGAGGAUAAAAGCUCCAUGGGGCAGCAGACGCACCAGAGACACCAUCUCCAACAUGCAUCUGUUCAUCCUCACCGCCGUGCUCCUGCUGCUGCCACAAGCUUCAACUCUGAAAUGCUCCGAGUGCACAGGCAACAGUGGCUGCACUGAAAUGCAGUGUGCGGCUGACAAGAAUCGAUGUGGAGCACUCCGGAUGAGCACUUACGCUGGAAGCACGGAACUCACCGACAUAACAAUCAAAUCCUGUAUUGCACCGCAUGACUGCGUCCAAGGCUCAAUGAACUUGGGAGUGACAAGAGUUGUUAGCGACUGCUGCAGUACAGACAUGUGCAACAACAACAAAACUCCAGGUCUCCAAAAGACUACGCCCAACGGGAAGAAGUGUUAUGUCUGUGACGUAAGCGGAGACUGCAGCGCCACCUUGAACUGUGAGGGGAAUGAAGACCAGUGCCUCAAAUCCACAGUGGCAGCUGCAGGUGAGACCAUGACCAUGAAGGGCUGUAUCUCCAAGAGCCUGUGCCAGUCCAGCAGCAUACAGAUCCCAGGCAUGAGCACCGACAUCCACUGCUGUGAGGGCAACCUCUGUAACGGAGUGAGUGGGGUCAGUGCCAGCCUCCUGGUGCUGGCCACAACACUGAUCUCAUUCCUGCUGCUCUCCAACUGA